AUGUCAAAGCACAGCAUGCAGUAUAUCACAAUUCAAGUGAUACCAGACCCAGGCAACACAAUGCAUAUUACUGAUGAUAAAAAGGCCUCAGGUAAGGCUAAGAGCAAUAUCUACACUGUCAUUGCCAAACUCAUAUUCACAAAUCACACCAGAUAUGGCCCUGCAUACCAUCAGAAUCUGAAGAAAUUUUGUGAUUCAGUCACAAACCACAUCAUGGGUCUCAAAACCAAGUAUAAGAAGCUCAAGGCCAGAUUCAGUGCCAUUGGCACUGGUGUACUGCCUGGUAGUAGACAUGCAAAUUUAUUUGCUGAAAUCUGUUCCGAAUGGAAGUGUAAUGUCACAUUUGUCAAGGCCAGGCUUCCAGCAUUGCAAAUGCUCAGUCCACCUAUAGCAAUCACCCCAUCCAAGUUGAUCUGCAAUUCCAGUCUACUCCUGCCUCCCCCCAUCAUAACAAUCCCCCUGUUAUUCUCACUGCUCCUGCCCUUCGUAAUGACCCUCCAAUUGACCUACAUCUUCUCUGACAUUCAUCCAUAUUUGCUGAUAAUACUCCCGGCCCUACUCUUCCUAGUUACCCUCCUUAGGUCCACCUGUGAAGACGAGGGAAUGCAGGGUGAUGAUGGAAUGCAGAAUGAUGUAGGGGUCCUCAAUAGCCCUCCAAAAGUUGUAGGAAAAAACAGCACCUACUGCUGCCUACCACAUUUGUUCAGCAUUUGCUCACCAGGCCAGCAGUCACAGGGGGUGACACAAACCUCUGUCAAUAUUGCAUACUUGCAACACAGUCUCGUCAUCUUCAACCCCACAGACAUUGUUAUCGGUGCAACUGGAUGGUGA